AUGCAGUGCGGUUAUGGGGCUGGCUACGCCGCACCAAACCCUUACAUGGCCAAUGGCUAUGGAUGGGCUCCCCAAGUGCCUUCGAUAAGUGGUCCGUCUGGCUGCGGGUACAGUGGCGAGGGCUUCCAGCAAGGUUCCACAGGCACCACUGGCAUGCAGAACGGCAAGAGCGGAAAGAAUGGAAAGGGUGACGGCAAGAGCAGAGGCAAGAACGGCAAAGGAGGUGGCGACAGAGAUCGUGCACAAAAGGCAUGGUCCAGUGAAGGCCAUGCCGAGGCACUGUCUGGUUUCGAUGCGAUGUCAGUUGCGGCGAGCAGCUAUGUCAAGAAGGCCCCCAAGCAGGUGAAGGCCCCGGCAGAGAUGAAUGCACCCUCGUACGAGGAGCGCAAUCCGUACCGGCUCAAGAACAACAUUCGUGCAUGGCACACGGAUGGUUCUACCGCAUCGGUGCCUGAACCCUAUGGAACCUAUCAUGAGGCGCAGCUGCCCCGUCCGCUCCUGGAUGGCUUCAAGCGUGCUGGCUUCCAGGCCCCCACCCCCAUACAGGCACAGGUGUGGCCUAUUCUAGACAGCGGUUGGGAUGUCAUCGGCAUCGCCAAGACCGGCUCUGGCAAAACCCUGGGCUUCCUGGUCCCGGCUUAUCGUUGGAUGACCGCCAGCUACGUAGCAGGUAUCCGCACCCUGAUCAUGGCACCCACGCGGGAGCUGGCGACACAAAUCCAUGAUGAGGCCAGCAAGUUCGCCGGGGCCUCGGGCUGCUCCAGCGCAUGCGUCUACGGUGGCCAACCCAAGCGCGAGCAGCUGCCGGCCGUGCGAGCUGGAGCUCCGAUCCUGGUGGCCACGCCCGGGCGCCUCAACGACUUCUUGGAGUACAAGGACAUCAAUCUAUCCGGGGUGGGGUACCUUGUCUUCGACGAGGCCGACCGAAUGCUGGACAUGGGAUUUGAACCCCAAAUCCGGGACAUCAUGAAGAAGGUGCCCAGAAAAAGGCAGACGCUGAUGUUCAGCGCCACCUGGCCCGAGGAGGUGCAAAACCUCGCGCAUGAUUUCCUCGGCUCUCCCAUCCAUGUGCAAGUUGGCGACACGUCCUCCUUAUCGGCGAACGAAGACAUCAGUCAACAAGUCUGGAUGCUGAAUUCUUCGGAUGACAAGGAUGCGGCUUUAGUAGAGGCACUGCAGCUCUACGGGGGCCCUCGCCAGCGAGUUCUGGUGUUCGUGGCAAUGAAAAAACAGUGUGAUAUGGUGAUGCGGAUGCUGCGCAAGUACAAGAUCUCGGCUAACACCAUGCACAGCGACAAGGACCAGCAGCAGCGAGAGGAGGCAUUGCAGCAGUUCAAGACGGGCGAGACGGCAGUGCUCAUAGCCACGGACGUCGCGGCACGUGGGCUGGACAUAAAAGGUGUGACCCUCGUCAUCAACUAUGAUUCUGCCAACAGCACUGAAGAUCACGUUCACAGAAUAGGAAGAACAGGCCGCGCAGGCCAGAAGGGACACAGCAUCACUUUCCUCACCAAGUCAGGUGAGGAUGCCUGGAAGGCUAUCGGCAUCGCAGAGGUUAUGCAGAAGGCGGGCUGCGCCGUCCCUCCGGAGAUGAAGCAGGCUCGGGCACACCUGGGUGAGCUCACUUUCACACGUCCGCACUGGGGGCAGUGCUCACUCUCUCCCUCCCUUUCCUCACACUCUCUCUUUCUCUCUCUCCCUGUCUCUCUCUCUCUCUCUCUCUUUCUCUCUCUCUCUCUCUCUCCUCAUCUCUCCCUCCCUCCCCCCCCUCGCACAGCACCACGGCUCAGGUGCCCUAUGUUUGAGCCUGCAUGCAUCCUUAUGCUGCCAUGA